AUGGCAACUGAGAGUCCAAUUAGAAUCUCUGAAGCUGGGGGUAAAUGGCCGCAUAAGGAAGCUACAACUUUCAGUUCAACAUCUUGUAACAUGGCGACCGAGGAUUUGGGUAUACUUUUGAAUGGCCAUAGGUUCCAUGGUGGGGGAAAGGAUGUGGCACCAAAUCGCAGUGGCAGUGCCCCUCCCAGCAUGGAAGGUUCAUUUCUGGCCAUAGAAAACCUCUUACCCCACCAGAUCAUCACCCAGAAUGCAAGCUUUGCAACUCUAAGCAGCACUAUGCAAAAUUGUGAGUCUGAAGAGCAACUGCGAGCUGAUCCAGCUUAUUCAGCAUAUUACAGUUCCAAUGUCAACCUAAACCCUAGACUUCCUCCCCCACUUACUUCCUGGGAAAAUUGCCAUCUAGGACGUCAUAUUGGCAGUUUUAGAAAUAAUUGGAGAAUGUCUACAGUAGAUGAUAGUGGUAAAAGUUCUUUACAUUUGCCUCAGAUGACUCUUUCCACACACAAGGAGGAGUCCGAAGAUGAAUCACACCAACAGCCAUACGAUGAAGAAUUAAUUAAGGCAAGUGGAAUAUGGCGGAGACCUGAUGCAGCUUCAUUGGCAUCUCAGCCCAAAAACGUGGUUGAUUUAAUUCAGGAAGAUUUUCCUCGCACCAUGUCACCUGUAUAUAAUAAAUCUCUUUCUGAAAGUCACGGAGUAGUGGAUAAACAAAUUGAUUUAGAAGUUGGUUCUAGUUCUUCUCAUGACCCCCCUAUUACUACAGUAGAGACUGCUAAACCUACUGUAGGUGUGGAUGAUAUAAGGGUGUCAUCAGUUGUUGAUACCCCUGCCCCAGUUGCAAGCUCAUCAUCUCUUGAAUCCACUGGCAGCAUUGGUGUUAGUGACUUAGACAUCACAACUGUUGAGUCUCAACUAAAGGCUCUUAGUGUAUCUAAUCUACCACAUUCAGAAAGUCAGAGUUACGAAGAAAAAUGGAAGACCAGCUACCAGAGAAAUUUUAUGCAACUCCCAGGAUUCCAGCAACAAAACAAUGCAUCUGAUAUUCCAAGUGCCAAUUCUCAAAAUGUAAAUUCUGUGUAUGUUGGUAGGGAACAGUUUCCUUUUAAUUCAAGCAAAUUCUCCAAUGUCCAGCCACUACUGCAGUCAUCUGGGUUUACACCUCCCCUUUAUGCCACAGCAGCUGCGUAUAUGAACUCAGCAAAUCCAUUUUACACAAAUAUGCAGGCCUCAGGUAUAUAUACUCCACAAUAUGUUGGUGGAUACACUGUAAAUCCCACAGCUUUCCCUCCAUAUGUUACUGCAUACCCUCCUCAUGGUGCCGUACCACUUGUCAUUGAUGGAGCUACUAGUUCUAGUUAUACUCCACUAACACCAGGGGUUUCCACCGGGGGAAACAUUUCACAUGGAACGGAAAUGAUACAGACAAACAAGUACCUUGGGCAAUUUGGUUUUCCUCUGCAGCCUUCUUUUGGUGAUCCCAUGUACAUGCAAUAUCAUCAGCAACCUUUUGUAGAGGGAUAUGGUAUUUCUGGUCAUUUUGAUCCACUGGCACCUAGAGCAAGUGUCGUUAGCCAAAUUAGCCCUUAUGAUGCACAAAAAAGACCCAGUACUGGUGCUUAUUUGGACGAUAAAAAAUUACCUGAUCAUAGAUCUGCAACUAAUAUGAACUCAAGAAGAGGUGGAUUAUUGAUUCCUAGUUAUUUUGGACACAUGCCAAACAUGGGUUUUGUAAUGCAGUAUCCAAGUUCACCACUUCCUACCCCAGUUUUAUCUGGAUACCCAGAAGGAAGUCCUGGCCUACUAGGUGGUAGUAAUGAAAUAAAACUUUCCCCAGCUCCUGGUAGAAAUGGAGCCAUGAUAUCAGGAUGGCAAGGUCAGAGAUCAUUUGACAGUGCUCAUGACCCCAAAAUUGUUAAUUUUCUCGAAGACUUAAAAUCUGGCAAAGGACGAAGAUUUGAGCUAUCUGAUAUUAUUGGCCAUGUUGUUGAAUUUAGCUCUGAUCAGCAUGGAAGUCGAUUUAUACAGCAGAAGUUGGAAAGUUGUAGUGUAGAAGAGAAGGCAUUGGUGUUUAAGGAGGUUCUUCCACAUGCUUCUAAAUUAAUGACUGAUGUAUUUGGUAAUUAUGUAAUACAGAAGUUUUUUGAGUAUGGAAGCCACGAGCAGAGGAGGGAACUUGCAGAUCGACUGGUUGGCCAGAUACUACCUUUAAGUCUGCAGAUGUAUGGAUGUCGUGUAAUCCAAAAGGCACUUGAGGUUAUUGAGCUUGAACAGAAAGCUCAGCUUGUUCAUGAGCUAGAUGGACAUGUUAUGAGAUGUGUUCGUGACCAAAACGGAAACCAUGUAAUUCAAAAGUGCAUUGAAUCGAUUCCGACAAAAAAAAUUAGUUUUAUACUAUCUGCAUUUUGUGGUCAAGUUGCUAUUCUAUCAAUGCAUCCCUAUGGAUGCCGAGUCAUCCAGAGAGUUUUAGAACAUUGCACGGAUGAGAGUCAAUGUCAGUUCAUUGUGGAUGAAAUCUUGGAGUCAGUUUGCGAUCUUGCUCAGGACCAGUAUGGUAAUUAUGUUACACAGCAUGUCUUGGAGAGAGGAAAGGCUCACGAAAGGAGCCAAAUUAUCAGCAAGUUGUCAGGACAUAUUGUUCAAUUAAGCCAGCAUAAGUUUGCUUCAAAUGUUGUAGAAAAAUGUUUGGAGUAUGGUGAUGCCACUGAACGGGAGAUGCUAAUUGCAGAGAUAUUUGGGCAUGGUGAACAAAGUGAUAAUUUAUUGAUAAUGAUGAAAGAUCAAUUUGCCAAUUAUGUGGUCCAGAAGGUCAUUGAUAUCUGUUCUGAAAAUCAGCGGGUAAUGUUGCUUUCUCAAGUAAGAAUUCAUGCUCAUGCUUUGAAGAAAUACACUUAUGGAAAACACAUUGUGGCUCGGUUGGAACAUCAAUUUGGAGAGAAUCAAACUCCUAGCUCAUGA